CGUAUAUACACACACGACGAAGAGAUUACGUUUCAUUUUCCAACGGCAGGCAAUAUAAUAUAGAUAGAGAGAGGGAGAGGUAAAUUGAAAAGGUAAAGAGAGGAAGUAGUGGGAGAGAUACGAUACGAAACGUUCACCUGAAAAUCAUGUCGGUGGUCGUUCGUCGAUGCAGAAGGUGAAUUAUAACUUUAUAAGGACUUGCUUUUAACUGUUAACGUAAUUUUUAUACCGACAUUGUUUUGUGAGUGAGAGUGUGGAAAGACCAUUGGAAUUUUAAAUUGAAAACAAUUUGAAGUUUCUAAUAGUGUCAUAUAGGAAUAGAUAACGGCAAAAUUGCAAAUUCUAUAAUGGAAAAUGGUCGCAACAAGUUAUGAUAACAUUUCGUACACAUCUUGAAUAUGCAGUUGCGCAGCAACUCCAUGGAAUCCCCCGUUGAAAACCAUGAGCUUGUAGAAAACGAAAAUCACGUUCAUAAUGACAGAAUAUCCGAACUGGAACGUAAAGUUAGCGAGCAACAAGACGAACUCGUUUGUCUCAAAGCGACACUCGCCGAAGCUUUGCGCAGACUCAAUAAUCUCGAAUUAUCUCAUACCGGUUCACGUAUACCUCAAUCUCCGUCCGCUUCCUCAACACCGACGAGAUUGAAUAACGUCAUUAAAGACGAUUAUAGCAAACAGAGUUAUUCAACUUCGAAAUUAGAUGGACCGAGAAAAAGUUUCGCCGGAUCUUCUUUACCACAACGGAAACAAGUACAUUAUAGGUCGACAGUUUAUUUAACAGGUAGCCUUCACAGCGACAGUCACAGUUCGAGUAGCGUGAGUCCGAUACCAUCCCCAUCACCGCGAGCUACACCGGUACCUGUCAACAAUACUAUAAAAAGGCCAACUACGAGCGCCAGUUCGAGAUCAUCGAAUAGCAGUUCUUCUUUACAUAAAAGAUGGAGUUCUACGGGGGAUUUCAAUCAGGUUCACCAAAACGGAAUGGUAUCAAAAUAUUCAACGAGAUCUUUUCUAAAUAUAUCUGCUAAAGUUAAUAACCACUUUCCCGGCCAUUAUAAACACGGUAUUAAAGACAUAACCUAUAAUGAAGAAGAGAAAAGUCUGAGGUUUUUUUUGAGAGGUAGACCGAUCGUCGUUUACGCCCCUUCCGAUAUAGGGGAAAACUACGAAAUAACCAAAGUGUCUACUACUCCAUCGAGGAGACUCAAACUCGAUUGGGUGUACGGAUACAGGGGAAAAGAUUGCAGGUCCAAUCUGUAUUUUUUACCUACUGGAGAAAUGGUUUAUUUCGUUGCGGCUUUAGUUGUUCUGUAUAAUCCGGAGGAACAAAGUCAGAGGCAUUAUGCCGAACACACAGAUGACGUCAAAAGUUUAGCAAUUCAUCCCAACAAGAUGACUAUAGCGACGGGUCAAUGCGCCGGUCAUAACGGAAUGGAAAAGAGACCCCACAUCCGCGUUUGGCAUACCGUAUCCCUUCACACCCAAGCCGUAAUCGGUUUGAACGAUUUCGAACUGUCAGUUUGUUGUUUAUCGUUCGGCAAAGCCGACGGAAGUCUUUUGGUCGCCAUAGACGAAGCCCCGGAUCACACGAUAUCCGUUUGGGAUUGGCAGAAAGGCGAAAACGGUCACAAAAUCACCGAAACCAAAUGUUCCGUCGAUACUAUCGUGGCGGCGGAAUUCCACCCUUUGGAUCGCAACACGAUCGUGACGUGCGGCAAAUCCCACAUAGCGUUCUGGUCUUUGGACGUGAACGGCACCCUUUACAAACGCAUGGGUAUUUUCGAAAGCAGAACCAAACCGAAAUACGUGACUUGCGUUAAUUUCCUUCAAAGCGGUGACGCCAUCACCGGAGAUUCCAACGGCAAUUUAGCCGUAUGGAUCAGGGGCACCAACACCAUAUCCAAAUAUGUCAAACGCGUCCACGACGGAUCCGUUUUCACUAUCUGCGUAACUAAAGACGGAAGUUUCAUCACCGGCGGUGGAAAAGAUGGUAAAUUGGUCGAAUUUAGUCCGGAUUUAACGCCCACCGGAAUAGUUAGUCAGAUCGAAGGACAUUUUGGUGGUAUCCGUAUGAUUUCGGAAGGAAGAGGUCGCCAAAUAUUGAUCGGUACCACUCACAACUGCAUCCUUUUGGGCACUUUCGAAUUGGGAUUCCAACCGAUCGUAUUGGGACAUUCGGACGAAGUUUGGGCUCUAUCUCCCCAUCCGAACAUACCCCAAUUCGCCACCGCGGGAUACGAUAGAGUGUUGCAACUGUGGGAUUCCAUGUCGCACACGAUCUUAUGGAGCAAGGACAUAGAGGAGCAAGCUCAGAGUAUCUGUUAUACACGAGACGGGACGUGCGUCGUCGUCGGUUGUAUCGACGGUAAAUGGAUGGUGUUCGACGUCCAAACCAGGGAACUUUUGGUCCAGCACACCGACGGAAACGAACCGAUUCAAGUGAUCACAUUUUCGCCGGACGGUACGUCCGUCGCUAUGGGGUCCAGAGACAGCCAGAUUUAUAUUUACCAAGUGUCCGAUGACGGGACUAAAUACUCGAGAGUCGGACGGUGUUCGGGUCAUUCGAGUAGCGUGACUCAUCUCGAUUGGGCUAACAAUAAUCAAACUUUGAGAUCGAAUUCGGCGGAUUACGAAUUAUUAUUUUGGAAUGCCGGUACUUGUCGUCAAAUACCUCAAAGUAGCAUCAUGCGCGACGUCGAAUGGGCUACGAAUACUUGUACCAUAACUUUUACCACCGUCGGUAUAUGGCCGGAAAACGCCGACGGCACCGACGUCAAUUGUUGCGGUAAAAGUCACGAUGCCGAGCUGUUGGUUACCGGAGACGAUUUCGGGAAAGUUAAAUUAUACAGUUACCCGACUAGUCAACCGAGGUCUCUGUGUCAUAGUUACGGUGGUCAUAGUAGUCACGUGACUGGUGUUAACUUCUUGUACGAUGAUUCGAGGAUUAUAUCGAUCGGAGGUAAUGACACCGCCGUUCUUCAAUGGACCGUUUCUUAAAAAGAUUUUCUUUUUAAUUUGAAUUUGACUAGUUAAGAAGCAACACUUGUAGCAUUUAUUAUAUCGUUAUUUAUUAUCCCACCAAUUGUAGCACUAUCCUAAAAAAAAAUUAAAGAAAAAUUAAAUUUGUGCCAGAAAAUAUAUCUAAAGCAAAAUCUCGAUAAUACCCUGUAUAUUUUUAUGUAUAAUUUACAACGUGUGAUAAAUAAUAUUUAUAUACAUAUAUAUUUAGUUGUUUUAUUUAGAUCCGAUAGUUUCUAAAAGAAAGAGUAUUUUAUUAAAAAAAAAAAAAGGAAUUACUAAUAAAUUUAAUAAAAAACGCAAAUUGCAAAA